GUCUGGACAAGCGCGACUUGCUUGCAUGCUCCUCGCAGUCCUUCUCACACCGCUGCGUAUCCUCCAGCAGAGCUAUUUAAACGUUAACUAUUUUAAUUAUUUUCCAAAAGGGCUGGAAAACUGUUGAUGCUUAACUGUUUUCAAAUUUUUAUAGAAAUUUUGCCAAAAACUUAAGGAUAUUUCCCGCGCACAAUUCACGGAAUUUUUUUAUUCGCGUUCACACAUUUUUUGCAAGACAGGUCAUUAAAAAUGCGGGUUCAAAGUCUCAUUUGCGUCGUACUGCUCGGCCUGUCUCUGCACAGUGCUGCUCUCAAGGUGUCGAGCAGCGCCAGCCUAAGCCAGCUGCGUGGCUUGCAGUCCCUCAGAUCCAAGCGGUCUUCGCAGCUCAUCAAAGACUGCAUCGCCGUAGGGCUGGAGGAGGGCAGCUACUACCACAAGAGCAGCGGUGACGCGACGGUGUGCGGGGUCUACGUCGCGGGGGCGGCGAACCAGCGUGUGCAGCUCACGCUAGACUACGUCGACGUCGACUGUGAGAGUGGCGGCCUCAUCAGCUUUCUGGACGGGUGGGAGCUGAAUGGUGAAGUGUUCCCGCCGGUGGGCGACGCCCCCCUGGAGGGGCGGGUAGAGGAGCUGUGUGGGCGCCAUCAGAGGAAGGUGUUCCUGAGCACGUCCAACGCUGCGUCGCUGCUCUACUCGUUACCGCGACGUGGCGACGUGUUUAAGAUCUCCGUCAAGUUCAUCAAACAUCCUACACCGUGCAACAUCCUAGUGAGCGGCGACAGCGGCGUGUUCACGCUGCGUAACCACGGCACGCGCAGCGUCAUGCAUCGGUGCUCGAAACGCGGCCUAGAAGACGAGGUCGUGGUGGGCGGCGCCCUCGGUCUCGACGUCUCAAAUAUGCUCGUGGAGGAUGACAUCUGUGGGCUGGACUCGAACCCGCGAGCGCGGCCAUCAGCGGUGCUGUGCGAGGUGUCGGUGGUGCGGCUGAUCUCGUCCGGCAACACAGAGAACUCCGUCACCGUCGCUCUCUCGCAGAUACAAGUCGAGGACCCGAACUUCUUGCCCACCACUGUCUGCCCCGUCCCCAUGCAAGAAGCGUAAUCUGGUCCGCUGUCCGCCAGCUUCCAUCACUUCGCCUGAAGAUCGCAAUGAAAUUAACUGCCAACUGAUCGCUGGCUUCAUAUGUUGAUACAACAAACUUGUAUUGGGUAUAAUUGUGUACAUAAUCACAAGGGAACUACACACAUACUUGGAUAUUGAAGAGUUCAUUUACAAUGAGGCAUCAAUGAUGACAAAUCUUUUAUUUUUAUGUAUCAAUGAUGAUUUAAAAAAACAUGGUAUUAAAGAGUGAAAUCAAGUUUUCAAGUAGAAACAAAAUGGAUGCGCGAAACAAGCCGGGCAUAUCAAUUUAUUUUAAUUAAGAAUCCUGUAUAAGGCAAACUCUAAUAAUAUUCUAGAAAUGGCUUGACUUGCACUAGAAUUACUAGAAUUACUCGGUCUAGUAAUGAUCAGUUGUAUCAAAAGAUAGCCCGCGAGAUACCUCUUCGCUGGAAAUAAGGCACAACUCAGCUUGAUCCAUAUAUUUUAUUUUUAAAUAUAGCUGGAAAAGGC